AUGGAAACAAUUUUGUAUCCUCAAUUUCAAGCGGAAGUUGAUGAUUUACCUAAAAUCAAUGGAAAAGCAGGUCCUGCUGAGCUUCAUAAUUGGAGUGUCAAGGCUCAUAAACGUCUGAUGAUUGGCAUGAGAGUCAUUAGCAUUGAAGAUACAUCCCUAGCUGGAUUAACGUAUAAGGAAGUGGUGCAAAAACUCAAGACGGCAUCGAGACCAGUACGUAUUAAAUUUGCUGAUGUACAAAAGGGAACUGUGGAGGAGAAUGGCGGUCGGAAAUCAGGUGGAGAGAGUGUGAGUACUGGUGCUACGAAUGAUGUAGUAUCUUCCGGAUAUGGACAGUCAACUGCAUACUUGCAACAGAAGAAAGAGUACACGCGUGUACUUGUGACUGGAGAGCUUCAUACUGAAAUGUGGACAAUUGAAAACAAAAAGUUGCUGCGGUCAUUGGCGCGCAUGCAGCACAAGUGGAGUACUGUGUCGAGUGAGUUUGAUGUCCUCAAUACGAGACGAAGGGAGCUGCGAAAAGAGAACGAGGUCAUGAAAAGUGACAAGGAAAAGUACGAAGUUAUGAUGAAAAACCUCAAGCUUCAGGCAACUCAUGCCAUGGAGAAUCCGGAGCUAGUGCUAGCUAAUGAGUUGGCCAAGCGAAACACGGAGCUGAACGACGACAUUUCCAAGAUGAGCUCUGGCAAUAAGCGAUUGCGAAAAGAGAGGGAUACACUGCAGACGCAGCUAGAUGGACUGGAAAAACAGCUUACAAGUGUGGAAAAGAAGGAUAAAGAUGAAGAGGAGGAUCGCGUACCGGAGGAGGAUAUUUUCGGAAUUGAACCCUCGGCCCCGCCUAAGGAACAACUGUCGGCAUUGAAGAAGAAGAGACGUGGGCUUGAAGACGAACUAAACAAGGAGCAGCGCAAGACCAACAAGGUACAAAAAGAAAUGGAGCAGCUCACGAAGCACUACGCCAGUCUUGGAAUUGAGGAGCCAGGACUCAGCUCCUUGCCCUCUUCGUCAUCCUCUCACCAAUCGCAGACUGAUGACAAGGACAAGAAUGCGCACACCUCGGGUGGUCAAAAUGAUAAGACGAGUAGUACCAGCAAUAGCACCGACAAGCCCAAGUCGGAGUUUGCUGUUCUUGAAGCGAAGAUAUUGGAGCUGCGUAAGAAACAGAGAUCCGUGGUGGAUACCCUAUCGAAGGCGGCUCAGUCGGGUGACCAAAAGCUGGCCAAGGAGUGUCAACGGCGGCGCCAAAAGAUCAAGGACGAGCUGAAGGAUGCACAGGACGAGCUCCAUCGACUUAAAACUCAUGGCAAACCAGGAGCACCGCCCAAGCGAUCUGAGUCUGCUGGUAAAGAGAAGGUGUCGGCGGAGGUUGCAACCGCAUUACAUCGUCAGCAAUCGUCGUCAGCCUCUAAGAAAUCGAAGCAGUCGGGGUCGACUAUCAAGCACAACUUGAGUCCACCAACACCUGACACAAGCACUGACACUACGGGCAGCUCACGUGCAGCAAAGAUGCCGAUGCUAAGUGGCUUUUUGGAUAAGGGUCCAACGGAAUGGGCCGACCGCGGCCUCAUCAGUGGCAUGAAGACCAUGCGUGGUGCCCGUGAGCGAUGGUGUGUGAUUACGACCGAUGGGUUCCUCAAAUAUUACAAGCGUCGUGGUGACACAGUCGUACGCGGUGAAAUUAACCUUGCUGAGAAGAGUUUUGAGGUUCUUGCAGACGACCUCAGACACGGAAAGGAGUUUGUGCUGAGUACAGAUGAGCAGCAGUCUCAUUUCUUCACGAAGAGCCCACAGGAGCUAAACAAUUGGGUGAAAACUCUACGUGCUGCAAACGCCUAUUUACUCAAUGCUGCUGCCCCAUCACUACCUCCACCACGGUCAACACACGACAAACAGGCGUCAACCCGCAACGAUGGCAAAGAAGCGAAGGAGUUCGAUCUCGACGGGCUUGAAGACUCUUUGCCCGAAGAGGACGAGCAGUUUUAUGGGCGUGCUACGUUGGGCUUCUAA